AUGCGGUUCACGCCCAUAGCUACGGCCGUGCUCGUGUCGGUCCUGGGCAGCCAGUCUGCCUGCGUAGUCGCCCAGGAUCCAGAGGCAUGGUACAAAGCUCAUCCAGGAAUGUCGCGUAUCAAAAAGGUGAACCAAGAUACACAUCAAAUUGUUGAUGAAUUUGGUCGUACCCGGUUUUUCCACGGAACCAAUGUCGUCAUGAAGGAGCCGCCAUGGUAUCGACCAAUGGACUGGGUGCCUGGUGUUUCUUCCUUUGGCGAGCAAGACGUCCGCAACAUGCACGAUCUGGGCUUGAACAUUGUGCGACUGGGCCAUCACUGGGCUGGUGCGGAACCGGUGCGAGGGCAGUACAAUCAGACGUUCCUGGAUAUUAUGAAGAAGCAGACCAAAAUGGCCGAGGAUAAUGGUCUCUAUGUCUUGGUAGAUGUCCACCAAGACUGCCUGGCUCGACAAUUCUGUGGCCACGGUGCACCUGACUGGUUCGCCAAGAAAGGCUGGGUGUCAAGUGGAACGAUGUAUCCUUUCCCUCUUAAAUUAACACCAUUCCCAGUUGAUAAGGACGGGUUUCCGACUCCCCAGUCAAUCUGCAGCUCUGUAGACUGGUCGCUGAGUUAUACUUCAGUUGCACUUGGAAAUGCAUUUGGGCGACUCUACAACAACUACGAUGGACUUGGUGACGCAUUUGCUGCAUAUUGGAAAAAGCUGGCAUCCGAAUAUGUCGAGACUACCAACAUCGUCGGAUACAAUCUGCUGAAUGAGCCGUGGGUGGGCGAUACCUGGGCCGAUCCGACACUACUUGUACCAGGAGUCGCUGAUCAUAAAGUAAUGGAGGGUCUCUGGAAUCGCGCUACCAAGCAGAUUCGCACCGUCGACAAUGAUACGCUCAUCUGGUUCGAAGGCGCCACGUUAGACGUGCUAUCUGGCUUCAACAACGUCCCUCUCGGUGACGGGUCCAAGUCGGUUCAUUCCUUUCACUACUAUAGCCCUCCACAGCUGGGUUCCAUCUCCGCAACUCUUAGUAAUCGUCACAGGGAUAAUGAGCGCCUAAAGACAGCUGGCGUGUUAACAGAACUGACCUUCUGGAUGGGUGAUGAUAAACAGAUGCAGGGUCUUGCAGAUGCCAUGUCGGCGACGGAUGCAAACAUGGUGUCCUGGAUGGGAUGGGCAUAUGAGAAUUUGUACAACGGCACAUCAGGAAAACCGUAUCCUGAGCUUGCGAAACAUUAUAGCCGCGCGUAUCCCGCCGCCGUUGCAGGCACUGCUAAUAGCUUCAGCUUUGAUGAAAGCUCUGGGACCUUCAAGCUGUUGUUUACGUCGGAUCCAAAGAUUGACUCCCCUACCGAGAUCAUCCUUCCCGUGGCUACCUUUCCCAAUGGCUACACCGUCCAGAUUUCUCCUGGGGAUAGCGUGGUUCAGUAUCCUCGGGAUAAACGUACUUUGGCGUUGUUCGCGGCUUCGAAUAGAACGAGCCCAACUGACAUAUCUGUCACGAUAACUCGCAAAUAA